AUGGGGGUACCAGAGGAAUACUGGGUGGAUUUCGUAGCAUUUAAGUUUGAAGGUUCGACUGGUACUUGGUGGAAGAGAAUUAGGCAGAUGUAUGAUGUUGAGAAUAUGGCUUGGGAACAAUUUGAAGAGCUCUUUAAUGAGCAAUUCUUUCCCCAGAGCUACCGGGGUGAAAAGGCCAUGAAAUUUAUGGGCUUACAGCAAGGGGAUAUGUCAGUGAGGGAAUAUGAAGCCAAGUUCAACGAGUUGUCUCGCUUUGCUCCUUUCUUGAUUGAAUCUGAGCACAUCAAGUGCCUCAAGUUUGAAAGAGGCCUUAAGAGCGCAAUCCGGAGGUCAUUGGUGGCCUUAAGGCUUCGAGUUUAUAGUGACUUGGUUGUAGCAGCCAUCUGCGUUGAACAUGAGCACUUUGCCUACCUCCAGAGUAAGGAAGCCUCAGGCAGAACCCCCAAAGAAAUAACAGGAAAAACAUAUAUCAGGGGCAAGGUAGUGGGGGAGCACCCAGUGGUAGUAGUAGCUAUUCGGGAAAUGGAAAAAGUGGACCCUACAAUUUUAAGUGCCACCAUUGUGGGGAGCUAA